AUGCAGAGAUCUCGCCGAGCUCUUCUGCAGAAAAGAGCUGCUCUCGAGAGCUCCAACUCUGGGAGGAACCGCUUGGACAAGGUCUCCCUGUCUCUGAUCCUCCUCUCGUGGGGCUUCAUCUUCCUCCUCUGUUCUCUGAUCAGCCAAGGAAACAGCCAUCGAGGUAGUGGAUAUACGAUCCUUCUCCCACACGACUCGUCCAGGUUUUCAGGAACGGAAUAUUCUCCUCAUCGAGCGUCUGUAAUUUCGUUUUUCUUGGAUCGUAGAUAUAGUGGUCGGCAAGCUAAUGCGGCAGGACCAGGAGCAGGAUGAUCCUCGGAUUCACAGCUUCCAGGACAAUUCUGAAGAUUACAGACCUUCCGGCGAGGGGAACGAUUCAGCGGUCCGGUCGGAGCGAUCGUCUCUGGUUGUUCCUCCCGGCCUGGAUGAAUUCUUCAAGAGCGGCGCAAUCGCCGGAAAGGAGGGCAGAACCGCCGGCGGCGGCGGCGGCGAGGGGGGAGGGCUCGUUCAUCGUCUGGAGCCGAGCGGGAGGGAGUACAACUACGCGUCGGCAGCCAAGGGAGCGAAGGUGCUGGCCUGCAACAAGGAGGCGAAGGGCGCCGCCAACAUCUUGGAGGAUGACAAGGACAGGUACCUGAGGAAUCCCUGCUCGGCGGAGAAGUUCGUCGUCGUCGAGCUCUCCGAGGAGACGCUGGUGGACUCCGUGGAGAUGGCGAACUUCGAGCACUAUUCCUCCAGCGUGAGGGACUUCCAGCUGCGGAGCAGCCUGGUCUACCCCACCGAUUCGUGGGAAGAGCUCGGAAGCUUCACGGCGGCGAACGUGAAGCAGGCGCAGAGGUUCGCCCUCCGGGAGCCCAAGUGGGCGAGGUACCUGCGGCUGGACUUGCAGAGCCACCACGGGGCGGAGUUCUACUGCACGCUGAGCGUCUUCGAAGUCUACGGAGUGGACGCCGUGGAGAGGCUGCUGGAGGACCUGAUCUCCUCGCCGGAGCCGGUGAGUCCCACGGGGGACCCUCCGCCGCCGCUGCCGCUGUCGCCGCCGGCGGACCGGCAGAUUAGGGCAGACGAUCCAGAGGCCGCCCUGAAGAUCCUGAUGCAGAAGGUCAGGCGGCUGGACGUGGGCUUCCCCGUCUUGGAGAGGUACCUGGAGGAGCUGAACGGCAGGUAUGGGAGGAUGUUCGUGGCCCUCGACGAUCGGGUCGCCGGCAGCGAGUCCCUGCUCCGGCGGAUCAACGCAGAGGUAGAAGCUCUCCGACACAGCAGAGACGACCUCGUGAGUAGUAGUAGUCGUAGCUGCUCUCUCUCUCUCUCUCUCUCGAUCUCUCUCUCUUCUCUCUCUGAUCGGGAGUUCUUUGCUGGCUGCAGGGCGACGGGAUCAAGAAGCUCCAUUCCUGGAAUCUGCUGGUUUCGCAGAGGUUGGAGAUGAUGGCCAGAGAUCACGCGGUCCUCAGGGAGGAAGUGAAGGGCGUCCGGCGGGGGCAGGAGGAGAUGGAGAGGAGGGGGGACGCGGCGGUAUUCGUCAGUCUCCUCUUCGGCGGCGCCGCCUUCUUCAGGCUGCUGGCGGACGGGCUGCUGUCUGUCGUCUGCAGAGCCAGGAGGACGUCCAGGUAUGGCGAAUCCCGUGGGUCAAGCUCCACUUGGGCCGCCGCUCUUCUGCUGAGCACCUCCGUCGUUGUUCUGGUCUACCUCUUAUAG